AGAAAUACUAAGAAAAAGGAAAAAAUAAACUUUAUAUAGUCGUCGCGUGCGUGUGCGACCAGUAAUAUUAUUACUAUAUAUAUAUAUACACGUUACUCCAUUCCACAGCGUGUGAAGUAUCCGAUAGUAAUUGUCAAAAACUUUUUAAAAAGUUAUGUGAAAGCACUGAUAGCGAAGAAAUUAGUUUCCUUUUUUUAUUUGGAGAAAACGGAAGGUAACGUCAAAAGUUCGAGAAUCUAGUCGAACCGUUUUAUCUGCUGAACUUUUGUCUUUUUUUUUAUUUUGUGGUUAACGGUGUCAUGGCUAUAUUAAGUAUUUAUCCUUGAUGCGUGCCCAUAUACGAGCGAAAGGUUAGUGGGCGAAAGAACGGUGGGAUAUUGAGUGUGUAAUGUGCUUGUAUACUUCGGAGAGUCAUCGAAAUGCAAGUCUCGUUACACAUUUUCAUACAGUGUUCUGAUCGUUUUUAUUGCAGAGAAAACGGGAGCAUCGAAAAUUAUUGAAAAAAGUGUCUCCUACUCCUGAGCUGAAAAAAUCGCGAGAAGAUACUAAAUAAUAAACACGAAAGCAUACCCCUUCGAUUUUAGGGACUAUUUAUUCUCGUUACAACUCUUCUUCUACUAUCAACCUUCAAGAAAAAACUGUUUUUAGUGCAACGUAAAUAUGCCGGGGUAAGCGAUGACGAUUGCUCUCAUUCUAUUUUUGGAAAUGACUCCACAACAACGCCCUUCGUGUAAUUUCCUGUUGCCUAAUUCGCUGAUGCUUUUUUUGUUUACUGUCUGUUUAACCUUCGAUAUUAACGUUAUUUUGAGAAAAUACGUGUUACAGGAAUGUCACUGGAUCACAUGUUCUGUUCCCGCUGCAGGGAGGGCUUUGAAGCUCAUGAAAAAAUUGUCAAUUCCAAUGGCGAAUUGUGGCAUCCUCAGUGCUUUGUUUGCGCACAAUGCUUUCGUCCGUUUCCCGAGGGUAUUUUUUACGAGUUUGAAGGACGAAAAUAUUGCGAACAUGAUUUUCAUGUCCUUUUCGCUCCAUGCUGCGGAAAAUGCGGUGAAUUCGUGAUCGGUCGUGUGAUCAAAGCGAUGAACGCGAAUUGGCAUCCAGGAUGUUUUAGGUGCGAGGAGUGCAACAAUGAAUUAGCAGAUGCUGGUUUUAUAAAAUGUCAGGGAAGAGCACUUUGUCACACUUGUAAUGCGCACGUUAAAGCUGGAGCCCUUGGAAAACACAUUUGCCACCAGUGCCAUGGAGUGAUUGACGACAAACCUCUUCGUUUUCGAGGUGAAGUGUAUCAUCCUUAUCACUUCAAUUGUACAGCUUGUGGAAUAGAAUUAAACUCGGAUGCAAGGGAAGUUCGAUCAAGACCGGGAUAUGCUGCCAAUGAAAUGAACGAACUUUACUGCCUGCGAUGUCACGAUAAAAUGGGAAUACCAAUUUGCGGAGCUUGUCGUCGUCCGAUCGAGGAACGCGUCGUUACAGCGUUGGGAAAACACUGGCACGUCGAACAUUUCGUAUGUGCCAAAUGCGAAAAACCAUUCCUCGGUCACCGUCAUUAUGAGAAGAAGGGAAUGGCGUACUGCGAGACUCACUAUCAUCAACUUUUCGGAAAUUUAUGCUUCGUAUGCAAUCAAGUUAUUGCCGGUGAUGUUUUCACCGCUCUGAACAAAGCCUGGUGCGUACAUCACUUCGCGUGCGCAUUUUGCGACCAAAAAAUGAAUCAGAAAACAAAAUUCUUCGAGUUCGAUUUGAAGCCCGCCUGCAAAAAGUGUUACGAAAAGUUCCCACAGGAAUUGAAAAAACGAAUGCGUCGCAUGUACGAUCUGAAUCCCAAACGACUUCCAGCCUCAUAAUUUAUCAAAUUUCAACAAUUUUUCUCUCAGCGGGCGUCUCGGAAGUAUAUUGUAGCAUUAUCAUAACCAAAGUAACAAAUCAUUCUUUCUAUGCUAUUAUUUCUGUUUACUUAACGAAUUUUAUAAACACGUGUAUUUAUGUAUGUAUACAUUUACAUAUUAUGGAUGUUAACGGUGCAACAUGAGCGAAUACUGCCGAUUUAAAGCAAAUGGCUACCUCUGAAUAAUUUUACUAGUACAUUACAUCGAAGAUAAACGUACAAAACCUAAUUUUUUCAUACGGUUACAAAUACAAUCAUGAAAUUUCGUACCGAUCGAGUUAUAACGAGUUUUCGUAAAAGUACUCGAACAAGGCUAUUUAUGAACAAUUUUUAAAAACAGACUGCAUCAGAUUUGUCAUGUGCGAUUAAAAAGAAUCUCCAUCUAAAAUUAAUUUUUAAGUUUCAGUAAAGUAGUGAGCAAUUCAGUUGUCUGUGUAAGCGAUAAUGAACUUUUGGUAUGUUAUUCCAACAAACUUCGUCUCUAACAUUGUCUCUCGAUAAUCGUGCCUUCUAGACUUAGUAAUAAUCAGGAUACUCAAGUCCACAUUUUAUUGCAUUUGAUAUAAAUAUUCAAACGAACUGACCAAUAUAUUUUAUUGACGAAGAAGAAAAAAAUGCUCGUUCAAAAAAGAGAUUCAACCGGAAGCCAGGAAAAGUGUAGACUUUCCUGUGCGAAAAAUCUUGCGAUUGGAUUUAUUUGUAAGAACUGAAAGAUUGUAAAACGUAAGAAAAUAUAUACGGAAAGAAAAUGGCAA